UGGCCCAGGGCGCCUGCGCACCGCGGGGAGCGCCCCACCCGCACCCAGCGCCCCGCCGCUCCCCAUGGCCCCCGGAACCCGCACCCACCUGCUCUUCGACAUGGACGGCCUCCUGCUCGAUACCGAGCGACUGUACUCAGAGGUGUUCCAGGAAAUCUGCGAUCGCUUCGGGAAGAAAUAUACCUGGGACGUUAAAUCCCUCGUUAUGGGUAAAAAAGCACAAGACGCUGCAGAGAUUAUCAUCGAUGCCUUAGAGCUCCCGAUGACCAAAGAAGAACUGCUGAAGGAAAGUAAACUCAAGCAAGAGAAACUAUUUCCUACUGCUGCCUUGAUGCCAGGUGUGGAGAAAUUGAUCCGCCAUCUGCACAGCCAUCAGAUCCCCAUGGCUGUGGCCACCAGCUCAGCUCGGGUGACAUUUGAAAUGAAGUCGAGCAGGCACAAGGAGUUCUUUAGCCUUUUCCACCACAUCGUGUUGGGAGACGAUCCGGAAGUCAAGAAUGGCAAACCUCAUCCUGAUGUGUUUCAGGUGUGUGCGAGGAGAUUCAACCCCCCUCCGCUUCCAGAAAAGUGUCUUGUUUUUGAAGAUGCUCCCUACGGUGUGGAGGCAGCACUGGCGGCUGGAAUGCAGGUGGUUAUGAUUCCGGAUGAAAAUCUAAAUCAAGACCUCACGAGAAAGGCGACGCUGGUGCUGAAAUCGAUGCUAGACUUCAAGCCGGAAUUGUUUGGGCUACCGCCCUAUGAUUAAGUCGUCUGGAGGCGUUCUUCCUCAUUAAAAUCAACUUGAUUUGCUGUCAUUUUUAACCUCAGAGAAGAAUUGCAAAUACUUUGUCAUCAAAAUAUUCAUUUCAUAGUACUCUUCGAAAUAAAAGUUGGAAAGAAAGAGAAA